AACAACUGGUAUCAUAGAGACUUGACUUUGAGUGUGGGUGGGAGAGAUGGAGAAGAUGAUCGCGGUGGGUAUGGUAUGGGGCGCCACAAACGCUAUCAUGCGCCGGGGUGCGCUUCUCUGGGACGAGGCUCUGAAAUCCUCCGCAAAGCCACAUCCGCACGCAUCUCUGGGUCAGAAACUGCGCAUCUCCCUCGGGAACUGGCUCAAACUCCUCUCCAUCUGGCAAUACUCCAUCCCCUUCCUUGUCAAUCUCUCCGCCUCCGCCACUUUCUUCGCCAUCCUCUCCGACGCCCCGCUCUCCCUCGCCGUCCCCGUCACCAACGCCACCACCUUCGCCGCCACCGCCGUCUUCGGCAUCCUCCUCGGCGAACGCACUCACCUCCCCCGCGCUCUCUUCGGUACCGCCCUCAUCGUCCUCGGUCUCUGCUUCUGUAUCAACUCUUAGCCCUACUUCUUCCACCUUUUUUUUUUUUUUUUUUUAACUCUAUUCUCUACUUUGCAAAUUCCUCUGUCGCAUAAAUUUAUUAUUCUUCCAUACAUCAUAAGAUAAUUCACCAUUAUUCAGUACAUCGUCAAUAUGAAUGGAAUCACCAAGACCGUGACAAAUGUUACAUGGAAAAGAAGAAGAAAAACACUUCAGCUGACGUCAUGCCUUGUCUUCAAACCCUUACUAUUAGGUGCAGUUGCAUUUUCACGCAUUCAUACUGUCAAUGCAUUCGUAACCAUUAGUUGAAGAUUGGACAGUUUGGAUCUGGCAUACAUGUUUUAAGUUUGAUUUAAUGAAAUUAAAUGUUAGUUGUCCAAUCUUCAUCCAAUUGUUUCAAAUUGCCGGGGAAUGCGCGAAAAACGAACUGCAUCAGAUGUUUAGAAUUGUGGUUUGAAGCAUUCUGGGGGAAUCUGUCCGUUGAAUCUUUUGGUAUCUGUGCAGUAGUUAUAGAUCAUGUAAUUCUUUCUGAUCCAAUUCAGCUGCCUCAUCUCGGAGUGACUCAGCUGCUUGUAUCGCCGGGAAGUCCACCAAUUUGCAGGGACAUUGGAGGCACAUUGAUUGAUGCUCUUUGCUCCACCCCACUUGCAAGCCCUUGCUCUGAAAUGGUGGAAUCUGGCCAUGAAUGGUGCGCCAUGCCAGUCUGUCUUAACAAGCCCGCCUCUCGUUGCCCACUCGUCUGCGUUCCAUAGGCUCGUGUAAACCCUCAUUCCUUGCUUGUUUGGGUAUGCAAUGCCAUCUUUUUCGUAGUUUCGGAAAACCCGAAUUGGCACACUAUCAACAUACCACCUGAGGUACCAGUCAUAGGCGUAGUUAAUGAAUCAUAAACAAUUUGAGAAGAAUGAUUGACUGUGUUCUGGUAGAGUUUGUCAACUUACACAAUUUGUGUGGGAUUCCAGUGAAUGGUGUAGUUAUGAAAAUCAGCAGUGGGGUCAAACCAGAGGUAAAAUUGUUGCUCCUUGCUUCCUUUUCCUUGUGUGUAUAUGUUAGUAUGGACAGUAUAUGGUUGUCCUGUACUGUUGCCCAGAAAUUCAAAAUCUAUCUCAUCAUGCUGGUUUCCUGUAGAGGAUAACUGUAUGGAUUUUGAGUGAGAAACGUUAGCUCUUCAUUUAGUAAUGGGUGUUUGAUAAA